CGGCCGCCGAGCUCGACACCUUCUCCUUGUUUCCUGGGGACGCGGCAGCUCUGGGAAUCGAAGUACCUGCUCAGGCCGAUGCACUGCCGCCUGGGAGCCCGCUGCUGGCAAGGAAGAUAGCAGAAUCAGCAUGUGUCUGUAAUACAUUAAAAGACAGAAGCAGUCUCCGCCAGCCAAGAAACCAGCAAAAAAAUUUCACAAUGGAUGUAGAUGAUGAAGAAAACAUGAGUUCCAGCAGCACUGAUGUUAAAGAAAACCGCAACAUGGACAACGUUCCCCCCAAGGACGGCGGUGGGCAAGGUGCCGGGGAGGGAACACAGCUCUCCAAUGGUGGUGGCAGCAGCAGCAGAAAGCGUCCUUUGGAGGAGGGCAACAAUGGCCACUCCAAAUUUCGCCCAAAGAAGAGGAAGAAAAUGCCUGGCCCCGUUCUGCCAAAGAACGCCCUGAUGCAACUCAAUGAGAUUAAACCUGGUUUACAGUACAAACUCCUCUCCCAGACAGGGCCGGUCCAUGCCCCUAUGUUUGUGAUGGCAGUCGAAGUCAAUGGGCAGGUAUUUGAAGGGUCUGGCCCAACAAAAAAGAAAGCCAAGCUUCAUGCUGCUGAGAAGGCUCUGCGGUCUUUUGUCCAGUUUCCAAACGCCUCAGAAGCCCACCUGGCCAUGGGGAGGACUCUGUCAGUCAAUACGGAUUUCACCUCUGACCAAGCAGACUUCCCUGACACCCUUUUCAAUGGGUUUGAGACACCAGUCCCUUCUGAUGCUUCCUUUUACCUAGGGUCCAAUGGGGAUGGGUCCUAUAGCUCUAGUGGGGACUACAGUUUGCCGUCAUCGGCUGUAGCCAGCAGUCUUUCACAGUCACCUCUCCCCAUGCCAUCACCCUACCCCUCUGCCAGUGGGAAGAACCCUGUCAUGAUCCUCAACGAGCUGCGGCCGGGCCUGAAGUACGAGUUUCUCUCGGAGAGUGGGGAGAGCCAUGCCAAAAACUUUGUCAUGGCUGUGGCAGUGGACGGUCAGACUUUUGAAGGCUCAGGAAGGAAUAAAAAGCUGGCAAAAGCUCGGGCUGCUCAGUCGGCCCUGGCAUCCUUGUUUAACAUGCAGCUGGACCAGACCCCAUCUCGACAGCCCAUUCCCAGCGAGGGGCUCCAGUUACACUUGCCACAGGUUUUAGCUGAUUCAGUUGCACGCUUGGUUGUAGACAAAUUCAGUGACUUGACAGAGAAUUUCACAUCUCCACAUGCACGAAGAAAAGUCCUUGCUGGAGUUGUCAUGACAACAGGUACAGAUGUGAAAGAUGCCCUGGUAAUAAGUGUUUCUACGGGAACAAAAUGCAUCAAUGGUGAAUACAUGAGUGACCGUGGGCUUGCGUUAAAUGAUUGCCAUGCAGAAAUUGUGUCUCGACGGUGCCUGCUUAAAUUUCUGUAUACGCAACUUGAGCUUUAUCUAAGCAAUAAAGAAGAUCAGCAGAAAUCCAUUUUUACCAAAUCGGAACGAGGCGGGUUUAAGCUGAAGGACAAUGUGCAGUUCCAUCUCUAUAUCAGCACUUCUCCUUGUGGCGAUGCUAGGAUUUUCUCACCACACGAGGCAGCACAAGAGGAUCAAGGUGACAGGCAUCCAAACCGCAAAGCAAGAGGACAGCUACGGACAAAAAUAGAAUCUGGGGAAGGGACCAUCCCUGUGCGCUCCACUACCACUAUCCAGACGUGGGACGGUGUCCUGCAAGGUGAAAGGCUACUUACCAUGUCCUGCAGUGACAAGAUAGCGAGGUGGAACGUAUUGGGUAUUCAAGGAGCCUUACUUAGCCUCUUUGUGGAGCCAAUUUACUUCUCUAGCAUCAUCUUGGGGAGUUUAUAUCAUGGGGACCAUCUAUCCAGAGCCGUAUACCAGAGGAUAGCAGAGAUAGAAGAUCUACCACCUCUUUAUACACUCAACAGACCUUUACUUAGUGGUAUUAGCAAUGCAGAAGCCCGUCAGCCAGGGAAAGCACCGAACUUCAGUGUGAACUGGACAGUAGGAGACACUGGUCUUGAAGUUAUCAACGCUACAACGGGCAAAGAUGAAAUGGGUCGUGCGUCUCGCCUUUGCAAGCAUGCUUUCUACAGCCGCUGGAUGCGCAUCCAUGCAAAGCUUUCCUCCAACUUGCGCUCAAAGAUCCUCAAGCCUAACUUGUACCAUGACACCAAGCAAGGAGCCACUGAGUAUCAAUCUGCCAAAGAGUGCUUGUUUAAAGCAUUCCUGAAGGCAGGACUGGGAGCCUGGGUGGAAAAGCCUAUUGAACAGGAUCAAUUCUCUCUCACGGUCUAAUUCACAGACUGCACAUCACUUUGGAAAGGAGGUUGUUCUGGAAAUUCCUGGUGUCCAGCAUUGCUUUCUGGCAUCUCCACAGCCAUCAAAACAUCUUUUUACUGUUUGGAGUUUUUUUUUUCCCCCUUUGUUUCCUUUUUUUUUUUCUUUUUUUACUUUUUCAGUUCCUGAUUCUGUUUUCCCUGAGUAUUGCAAAUCAAUGAUGGUUUGACACAUGACUGUGUUUUGUCAUGGGAAAGUAAUUUCCAGUGUAUUUCUAGAAAUACUUUUACUUUAGAAAAUUUGCAGUAAGGCUGUCCUUACAGUAUACAAUGACUCAUUUUUGUCUGGGUUAAAAGAAUAAUUCUUUUUUUUUUAAAUUCACUGUCAAGUGCAUGAAGAAAUUAAAGUUUCUCUAGGUUUUACACCACACUUUUAGGAGGUAGCUUAAUUUUUUUCAAAAGAAACUAGGUAACAAAACUGAUUCUACUCUGUUAACUUGUUUUUGAACUGCAGAUAUUUCUAGCAUAUAGAUCACAGAGCCAGAAUGGAGUCUGGACAGCUAGUUUUCCCCCACUUCCUUGCUCUUUAAAACCAGCUGCUGAAAAUCCAUGUCUUUGAUGUAUGUAUUUAUUAGUCUGUGACCCAGUUUUUAACAUGCAGCUUUUUAUUCUGUUUUUAAAAAUACACUUACCUCCCAUUUACACACAUUGUGAAGUCUUCAUUUUUUUUAAUCAUUGUAAACUGGAAACAGCAAAAUAAUUAUUUUUAGGUUAAGAAGUUUAGUCUAUAACAUGCAGAAACCUGUUUAAAAGUUUGUGAUUUGUGUAUUCCCACAAACUCAUCGGAAUACAACUGCAACUGUAACAGUAAUAUGACAGUAAUAUAGCAACUGAAGCAAGAAAUGGUUGCUCAUUUUGAUGACACUAAGCCUGAAUUGCCAAAACCAAUCACUUGCUGAGUAUUAAUUGCUUUCCUCUUGUAUGGACAGAAAGUUGUUUAACAAAUCUUUUGUGUGAGUUAUAUCUGCUUUCACCCAAGCUGUUGUGUUUCUGAGAUUUCUUUGUCUUCACAUGUGUGAUCAUCUUCAUGGAGCUAAUUAGCACACUUGUUCCUAUCCUGGUGUCACUGCUGAAGCACAACCCAUCGGUCAAUUAUUCUAAGCAAUGACUGUUUUGCAUACUACCUUGCUUUAAUUAAUGUUUGUACAGAGAUUUGAAAAUAUAAAGAGCUAUAUCAUUGCUAA